AUGGACUAUACGCAAGCUGCGCGCGCACACACUCACACAGACACACACACGUACGUACACGAACACGUGCGCGUGUGUGGACGCGUGGGAACGGAGAACGCGUGCGCCGAUACUGACGCGCUUUGUGCAUUAUUUAAAAGAAAUUCAGAUUUGCCAUUUCGCCUUUACAGUACACAGGACAUUAAUAUCCGCACAGAUAAACCUCAGGUCAAAGUUAAUCUCGCCCCCCUCCACCCGCUGCCAGGGAACCGCCCACUCGGGCUGCGCCUGCGCCUGCGCCGGUCGCUCGCCCAAUAG